AGAGCACGGACAAGUUUGGCCACAUUUGAUAGUGAACGGUGCAUCUGUGAUAUAUCAGAAGUGCUGAGUUGCAGCACCGUUGGGUAGAUGAUGCAUGACUGAACAACGUCCUGGGGGCUUUUACGACACGACUUGUUCAAGGUCAACAGAAGUCGAAAUCUCCACUUAGAUGAAGAAACAAACUUAUGGUGAUGCUUAUGUAGAUUUAUAAGUGCUUUAUCAAGUUUGUGAGCAGGCCACAGGCGUGAGAUCGCUUUCUCGACCAAAGGAUGUCCUCCUCGAGACAAUAUAGGGCUACUUUGAGCCCUACAGCGGUGCUAGCCUUUCUAGCAAUCAUUUGCAUAUGCACAAAUGCGAAUGGCCAGCAGAUGCAGCCGCUCCUAUUGAAACUGGCGAGUUCGGGAAAGUUGGGCAAUGCAACCCAGACAGUCGCAGGCUUCAUCGGCCACACGCUCUGUGAAGGAGAGUUUGUAUCGAAACGCUCUUUUGAGAGCGUCUGGAAUUCGGACGCCUGCGUGUACAAUUGCCUAGCGCACACCAUCUUCAACCUGACCUCGCCCAAGAGCGGUCCGGGGACCUUUGAAGUCAAUAGCACUGCCAAACUAGUGGACGUGACUGUGGUCAACUCAACUUCCAGCGUUGUUGACAUUGGACCCGCCUUUGGCUGCCAGCGCACAGUACAGGACCAGAGAAGCACGCAGCCAGUGUAUGUGGAUGACGGCUCCCCAUGGGCGCCUCCUCUGGAGGGGGCAGAUGCAACAGCCAACAGCAGCAACAGGACAGCAGGCGUGGACUAUGAGGCCCUGAACAAGACGCUGGCCAAAUACUUUGAGGACCCUGCCCUCGUCGACAGCUGCCACACCAAAGCCAUUUUGGCCGCAGUGCAAGCAGUGCUCAUAGAGGUGAUCCUGGACUAUGUUGUGCUUCUUACACAGCACCUGGGUGUUUCUGACACCAUGCAGGGCAAGCUGAUAGCGGAGCAGUACAGUGAGGCCCUGGACAUCAGCGCGGCGACACCCUCCAUCAGCUGGAGCCUGGCAAAAAGUGUGACGUCAGCGCUUAUCGGCAUCCGCGCCGGUGACGGCGGCCUGUCAGUGCGCCAGCUGGCGACCACCCCCGUCUGGAACGCCUCCGAGACUGCGGCCCGCAACAUCACCCUGGACAACCUCCUGCGCAUGGUGAGCGGCAUAGACUGGAACGAGUCAGCGGGCCUGGACACCGACGGGGGCAGGACAGUGCCCCUGAACGACGUGGCACAGGCGCUCUUUGAGGCGCCCAAUGCAGCGGCCUUCGUGGGGGCCUUGCCCCAGAAUUGCACUCCUGGCACUGUCUGGAACUACUCCACUGGCAACUUCCAGCUGCUGCAGUACAACCUGCGGCGGUCCUUCACCAGUGACCUUGCCUACUGGAGCUUUGCAGUCAACCGCCUGUUCAAGAAGAUCGGCGCCCGCUCGUUCGUGUUCGAGUCGGACCCUUCGGGCACUCUGCUAGGCGGCAGCCACGCCUUUGCCACUGCCCGUGACUGGGCCCGUUUCGGGCAGCUCUUCCUGCAGGAUGGGAUGUGGAAUGGCAAGCGGGUGCUUCCAGAGGGCUGGGUGCAGUACAGCGCGGCACCCACAAAGGCCUUCAGCAAGUAUGGAGCCGGCUGGUGGCUCAGAUAUCCCGGCGCUCCAUCGGACAGCUUCUAUGGCAAUGGGCUCAUGGGGCAGCGAGUCAUCGUGGUGCCAUCCCAAGACCUGGUCAUCGUCCGCUUGGGCCUCAACUACAACGAUGACUUUGACCAGGCAUGGCCACCCCCGUUGAUACCAGACAUCCAGAAUGUGUACGGGCAGGACUUCUUUGGCAACAUUUCAGCGGCGCUGCCUACCUCCAGUGCUCCCCAGGGCCUGUCUCAGUCGCAGCCUGCAUACCAAGUUGUUGGUUAA